CGGUGGAGAGAUUUUUAUAACACGGAAGAGCCAAAAAGAGCUAGCUGGCUGUAUAAAUUAGAUCCAGGGAAGUCUCUCGUUCUUCGUGCUACCAGUGAAGCUACGGUCACGUACUUCGCUUUGAUUUUUCGCCGGAAUUUUCAUCGGAGAUUCUAAAACAUUGAAGUGAAUUGGAAAGAAGAGGUGAUGCAAAGACUUGUUACAUAGUGCCUUCUAAAGAAUUUGACAAGCCUUUUCGCUUCAACAAUCAACAAAUGGGGAUGAAAGUAGCUACGACGUGUUUUCAAUGGCUGCAGCCGGUGCUCCCUCAUUCAUCUUCUUCCUCACAAGCGCUAGCCUCCGCAAUUUCGUCUCCUUCAUCCAAACGACGGUGCCGCAGCGAAGGAGGAGCUACUCUCUUGUGCCUGUACGUGCAGAGACUGGACCGAUCGGCUCUGUUUGGUUCCCCGUCAUCGAAGCUCCGCAGAUCUCGGUCUUACGAGUACCGCAAGUCCGGUGUUCGAACUAUGAGGAGAGCUUGCAGUGCUAGCUUGGACGCCUUCUCAGACGAAGAAUUCUCCAAGAAGAUUCAUGAACAAGCACUUAGGUUCCAAUUCUCCGACGUCGACGACAACGAUAACGGUAACAACGCUUCCGUGGAUGAUGAAUCGGAUGUAGUUUCUGAUACUAGAGAUAAUCACGACAACAGCUUAGAUUCCUCAGAGUUUAUUGAUAACAACACUAGCAUCAACUUUGUACAGAAUGGUACGGAAUUCCCUCUGGAUUCUAUGGAGGCGCCGUAUUGGCCGGAGAGGGAUUAUAUUAUACCGGUGAGUAUUGAAAGGAAGGCAAAUAGCGUCGAUCUUCCACUUUCACUCCGAAUGAUAAAAAAGAAGAUGCAAUGGCAAGAAGGUUUUAGAGAAGCAGGGGAAUCAGCUUAUUGUUCUGUUAAAAAGGCCUUCUCAUCCAUGGUGUUUAUAAUCAGAGAGCUCCACAGCUACACAUUACAGAUGAGGGAGGUUCUGUUUUACGAGGAUUUGCAGGGGAUUCUAGGUCGCGUACAGAAGGAAAUGCACGCUUCCUUCGUGUGGCUAUUCCAACAAGUGUUCUCACAUACACCGACUCUCAUGGUGUAUGUGAUGAUUCUACUGGCAAACUUCUCUGUACAUUCCAUGGCGAGUUACAAUGCCAUCGCAGCUGCUCUGCCUCUCACAUCUACUGGAACGGCAACAGCGUCAGUGAUAGAGGAAGUACUGGACCAGAGGAGUCAAAAAUUUGAUUCUUCAGCGAUCAAGUCUUUUUCAGUCUCGUCUUCAAGUGGAAAGACAACUUCCAUAGGGGGUAACAACGGCGGUGGUGGCAAGAUCCGUUCUGCAGCGAAUGGCACUGACGGUGAUGGUAAGUUUGACAGGUCGGACCAUUACAGAACAAUUGUCCCCGAUGGAGCUUCACAGGUGUCCUCCCCUGGUACUACAGGGGAAGAAGAGUCCAUUUCAGGGCAAGACAGGAUAGAAGAAGAGUUGAAAUUAUGGAAUUCCAUAGUUGAAGAAGCGUCAAGAAUGCAAACUUCAGUGAAAGAUGAAGGUCUGGAUCACGAGACCAUGCAGAGAUUAGUCUCCCCUGUAAAUUCAAAGAUUGAACCAGAUGAUUUUGUGGAUUUCUUCAAAACAGACUUGUUAUAUCGAUCACAGUUGACUCUGGAUCCUAAUAACCCUCUUCUCCUCUCCAAUUACGCUCAAUUUCUCUUCACUGUUGCCCAUGACUACGACAGGGCAGAGGAGUACUUUAAGAAAGCUACAGCUAUAGAGCCACCGGACGCGGAGGCGUACAGCAAGUACGCAUUCUUCCUGUGGAAAGUAAAGAGUGAUUUGUGGGCAGCCGAAGAGACCUUCUUAGAAGCCAUUGAUGCAGAUCCUAACAAUGCUUAUUAUCCUGCUAAUUAUGCACAUUUCUUAUGGAACACUGGUGCGGAUGACACGUGCUUUCCUCUCAGCCCUCCUGAUACUGCCCAAGAAGCCUAGAAACUAGAACGAAACCCCCCAAUACUCAAACGUUCAAACCAAAAGUCAGAAAAUAAAUCCCACCACGGUAUUUCCAGUUCCAAAAAACACAGUAAAAAUGGGAAUUUUGGUUACUUUUGUAAUAGUUUGAAUAUUCUUAUUUUUUAUAUUUAUUUUGAUUUAGUUCUUAUAGAAUUAAAAGGAAUGCGUGGACAGUGGUGGGUCGGUGGUGGUGGUGUUUACCGGUAAAGUAGCAGCAAUCGGCGGAGAUUUUGGCUGAGGCGUGUCUUGUGCUUUGAGAUCUGGGGGCGGUAUUGGUUGAAGACCACUGAGGAUCGCUUGCUGGGCUUUUACCUUUUUUUUUGCACAGUGAAAACUGUUUUCUUUUUGUUUACAGAAACCACAUGGAAACUUAGCAAAGUGUAAUUAUUCUAUUUCUAUUUGUCAAUAUAAUCUCCAUUUUUAAUUA